GGUUUUUGGCGGUCUUGUGGCGUAACCUCCCUCACGCAUGCGUGAUCUUUUUAACCUUCCAUUCUUUUUAUCAAAAAUGACCCUCUUAUCAUUUUAACUUUGCAAUGUUUGUUAUAAUAAUAUUUCAAAAACACAAAAAGGUAUGGUGAAGUUUUGAUCGUAUGGCCGUCUGUAAAAGACUCCUAGUAAAGAGGCUCCCGACCAAGGCCUUGGCUGUCAGGAGGGUGAGCUCGACUCAAAGGGAAAAAGAAGGCCUUAUGAUGAUGAACCAGGACCUUGUCGGACCUCCUAAUCCAAUAUCGAACAUCAGGCCGAUUACGUUUCACGUACCCAAGAACGAAACGACAGUCGAGAAAGAGCUCAGAUUGAGACGGCAGAAAGUUCAGGCCUGGCACGAAGACUUCUGGACUAAGCACAACACCGCUUUCAUCAAGGAGAGGAAGGCUUUCGAGGAGUCACACUCCUUGAAAGGUGCUUCUCUCGGCGCAGACGAGAUGUCCAUCUUCUACAAGCAAUUCCUUGAUAAAUAUUGGCAUAAACACCUCGCCUACAACUACGAAUGGUACAAACACAAUUUCGCUCUGCUCAGGCUUUCUUUCAAAGUUGAAGUUGAACGGUUCGUCUCGAAAUUGUUCAAUAGAUGAUCACCUUUUAAUGGUCAACGCUGUAAAGUUUUAAAUGUAUUAUACUACUAUUAUUAGUAAAAUUAAAUAAUUUAAAAACGUU